AUGUUCCAUGGUGAGCUAGCAAAGGUUCAUGCUGAGCUAGAACCUUGGGAAAAACAAUUGAUUGAGCACAAUGGAAAACUUGAAGUUACGUCUACCAAAAGAAAAUUUUUGAAUAAGAAGCAUGAAGUUGGCCGUGCUGCUUAUGAUGAUGCUCAAAAGAAGAUGUCUGACAUACAGCCUGUAUGGCGCAUGGGACGUAUUGCUGCUAUUUUAUCCCUUGAGGUAGAAGAUCAGAAUGCUUCAUUGGAUGCCCUCCAUCGUGUUGGAUCAAAAUUGGCAAUGCAUGUUGUGGCAUCAAAGCCUUUAUUUCUGUCAAAGGACCUUGUUUCUUCAGAUGCAAUAGAGAAAGAACAUGAGAUUCUCAAGUCUCAGCUCUGAUUUUUCUGCUUCUGGGGUGUUACCAGUUGCUGGAAGGUUGUUAUUACAGCAGGAUCAAUCCUUAUUGCCAGCAUUAAGGAAGAAAUUUGUCUUGAAAGGAGGAACCAUGACUGGCCUAGUAUUUGAUGAUGGUGGUUAAUUUUGUUAAGUUGUAGCAGUUUCUGAUGCACUGUUUGUACUGACUGUACUGCUGUGCUGAGGAAGACUCUUGGGAGGACGUAAAGUGCUUAGUUGCUGCUGAGAGGUGUUGUCUGUUGUGUUGCAAUGCUCCUGUUGUGCUGCUUUGCUAUUUUACAUUCAUGAGUUGUUGAACUAUGGUGCUGCAGAGCUAUGGUGAUGUUGUGCUAUGGUGAUGUUGUGCUGCUGUGUUGGGAGAUGAUUGGAGCUCUGAAUUGGUGACUGAUGUAGAUUGCGGCAUAUGUUGUUGGGCAGUUUUGACAUAUGAAGAAGAAUUUUGUUGGAAUUUUAUUUUUGAAAGGUUAAAG